AUGGCUCCAUUACACCUCUCUACGCCCUUACUACGCUUUGCACCUUCACCUACAGGCCCUCUUCAUCUCGGCGGCCUUCGGAUGGCACUGUAUAAUUUCUUGUUUGCCAGACGGCACGGUGGAAAAUGGAUCAUGAGGGUAGAAGACACCGACGCUACACGAUACGUUCCGGGGUCCGUUGAGGGAAUUAGGCAUGCGUUGAACUGGGCCGGGCUGGAAUAUGAUUACGGACCUGGUAAAGACGGUCCACAUGCACCAUAUUUUCAGUCUGAACGUCUGGAUCUUUAUCGUUCAUAUGCCACCAAGCUGCUUCACUCAGGCCAUGCGUACCGGUGUUUUUGCUCCAUGGACCAACUAACGGAAACUCGGGAGAAACUCGCUCGUUCUGGCUCAAACGCGUCGUAUGACAAGCGAUGUCUACAUCUCACGGACGAAGAGGUGGCCAGAAAAGUGAGAGCUGGGGAGAAAUCCAUCGUCCGACUCAAUGUCAGUGAUUCCAAUCUUCCACAACGACCGCGCGGUGCCGAUCUAGUAUUCGGGCCACUCAAAGAUGCCCAUGCAUCACUAGCCACCGACCCCGUACUGCUCAAAUCCGAUCUUUUCCCAACCUAUCACCUCGCCUCCGUCGUGGAUGACCACGAGAUGGGCAUCACACACGUCUUACGGGGGGAAGAAUGGCUUCCAUCUCUACCCCUCCAUCUAGACCUCUACGCAGCCCUCAAACUCGAACCUCCGAAAUUCGCACACAUGCCCAUCCUUCUUAACCCAGACAGAACGAAAAUGUCAAAACGCAAUGGUGACGUUCAAGUGGUUGACUAUAUACGACGCGCCUGGGAACCCGCAGCCGUCCUCAACUGGUUGGCUCUGGCAGGAUGGGGUGUUCGACAUAAUGUGGACACGGCUUCCGAGGAACCAUCCGCGCGUUCGGAUGCUCCGGACAGCACCACCAUCUUGACCAUGCAGCAGCUCCUCGAGCAAUUCGAUCUGCUUUCCAUCACUCAACGCAGCACGAGCCUUGACCCUGCGAAGUUGGAGUACAUUAACAAGCACCAUCUCGCUCAGCUGUCGUCGACGCCUGAGGGCUUAACUUCUAUGGCUGAGAGGGUGCAUGAGCAGAUUAAGGAAGCGUUUCCUACGAGGUGA